UUUGAUUUGUCGGAAGCGGCAACAGGUUUAACAAAUAACCGAAAAAAGAUUAAAAGUAGAUCACACACUUGUAUUUCACCUGUAUAAGAAAUGCCACGAUAUGGACAAUUAGUGAUGGGUCCUGCUGGAAGUGGGAAGUCCACAUACUGCAGUAAUAUGGUAAAGCAUGCAGAAGUCACCAAAAGAACAAUACAUGUUGUGAAUCUAGAUCCUGCUGCUGAACAUUUUGAUUACCCUGUAUUAGCAGAUAUAAGAGAGCUGAUACAUUUAGAUGAUGCAAUGGAAGAUGAAUCCUUAAGGUUUGGACCAAAUGGUGGACUGGUAUUUUGUAUGGAAUAUUUUGCCCAGAAUUUAGACUGGUUAGAUGAAGUCCUUGAAGAAGUUGAAGAUGACUAUAUAUUAUUUGACCUUCCUGGCCAGAUAGAACUUUAUACACAUAUCCCAGUUAUGAAACAGUUAGUGGAUAAACUACAGCGCAUGGACUUUAGAAUUUGUGGAACAUUUUUAAUUGACUCACAGUUUAUGAUUGAAGCCUCAAAGUUUGUGUCUGGAGUAUUAACUGCAUUAUCAACGAUGGUUACCUUAGAAAUUCCACAUGUUAAUGUUAUGACAAAACUGGAUUUAUUAAGUAAAAAAGCAAAGAAGGAUUUAGAGAGAUAUUUAGAACCAGAUUUACCAGUCUUAUUGAAUGAAGAAUUUGAUGAAAGUAAGUUCAGCAAUAAGUUCAAAAAGCUGAACACAGCAAUUGCAUCAGUGAUAGAAGAUUACAGUUUAGUAAAGUUUGUACCGUUAGAUAUGUCAGAAGAGGAUAGUAUAACAGAUCUUCUGAUACAGAUAGACAAUGCCAUACAAUAUGGUGAGGAUCUGGAACCCAAAGAAUCUAAUUAUGAAGAGGCUGAGCCAAAUGAUCCUGAUGACAAUGUUGAUAGUGGAUUUGAUGGAUGACAGCUCUGAGUUUAUGGUUGAUUUAAUCAUACAUACACAUUGUCAACAUGGUCUGAGAACAGUGUAAAAUAUAUACUUGAUAAAAAGCGUUUUCUCUACUGUUCAAGGAUUGUUUGAAAACACCAGUAGGAAUUAAAAAGAAAAAUAUAUUAUUUUUU